AAACACGAGAGUGCAAACAAGUCUUCUCUUCUGGAGAGAGAUAGAGACGGUGAAAGAGAGAGAAGACGUGCCCUCACAUUUUGAUGUUCGAAGUCUAACUUCCCAGUUGGUGGAGGCAGACUUCUAUUUUUUUUUCUGCAUUUUUUGUUUGCAUUUGCAGAUAAAAUGGAAAAAUAGACCUCCCCAGAAGAAAAAAAACAAAGCUUUUAGUUCAUUUCUGCUAUCGGCUGGAUCGGAUUCAAGAAAUUGAACUUCCAGCUCCAAAGUGGCUUCUCGAUCCAAGCUUCAUCCAACCAUUUUUCUAUGAGCUUGUGAUUCGCAGAUGGACCAGAACACUGAACAGUCUUCCAAUGCUCAGAGAGGCUUCAGAGUUCAAGCCCCACUGGUUGACUCCGUAUCAUGCUAUUGUAAAGUAGAUGCAGGCUUCAAAACUGUUGCAGGGGCAAGAAAGUUUGUCCCAGGAUCAAAGAUUUGCAUCCAGCCUGAUAUCAAUCCUAAUGCACACAGGGGAAAAAACUUACGCCGGGAAAGGACCAGAAUCCAGCCACCCCUCCUGCCUGGUCUACCUGAUGAUCUUGCAAUUGCUUGUUUAAUUAGAGUUCCCCGUGUUGAACAUAGGAAACUCCGUAUAGUUUGCAAAAGAUGGUAUCGCCUUCUAGCUGGAAACUUCUUUUAUUCGCUUAGGAAAAGUCUUGGAAUGGCGGAAGAAUGGGUUUAUGUUAUCAAAAGAGACCGUGAUGGAAGGAUCUCUUGGCAUGCUUUUGAUCCUACAUAUCAGCUCUGGCAGCCACUUCCACCCGUUCCUGGUGAGUAUUCUGCCGCACUUGGUUUUGGUUGUGCUGUCCUUAGCGGUUGUCACCUGUACUUGUUUGGAGGAAAACAUCCACUGAAGGGAUCUAUGAGACGGGUUAUUUUUUACAGUGCUCGGACAAAUAAAUGGCACAGGGCACCAGAUAUGCUUCGGAAACGCCAUUUCUUUGGCUCUUGUGUUAUUAAUAAUUGUCUUUAUGUAGCUGGUGGGGAGUGUGAAGGAAUUCAAAGGACUCUUCGUUCUGCUGAAAUUUAUGAUCCAAACAAAAAUCGGUGGAGCUUUAUUUCCGAUAUGAGCACAGCUAUGGUGCCAUUUAUUGGGGUGGUUCAUGAUGGAAUGUGGUUCCUAAAAGGACUUGGGUCACACCGUGAGGUAAUGAGUGAAGCCUAUGCUCCUGAAGCCAAUACCUGGACCCCUAUUAGUGACGGGAUGGUUGAUGGGUGGCGCAACCCAAGUAUUUCUUUAAAUGGGCAGCUCUAUGCUCUGGACUGCCAUGAUGGGUGCAAGCUUAGGGUUUAUGAUAGAGUAUCAGAUUCAUGGAACAAAUUUAUAGAUAGCAAGGUUCAUCUAGGGAGUUCUUGUGCUUUGGAGGCUGCUGCGCUUGUUCCCCUUAACGGGAAGCUUUGCAUUAUUCGUAAUAACAUGAGCAUCAGUUUAGUUGAUGUUUCAAGUCCGGAUAAACAUGUAGAAAGCAACCCUCACCUUUGGGAAAAUAUCGCCGGCAAAGGUCAUUUUAGAACUCUAGUCUCAAAUAUAUGGUCUAGUAUAGCAGGCCGAACUGGUUUGAAGAGUCACAUUGUACACUGUCAAGUGCUCCAAGCAUGACAGGCUGACAACUGCUGUCGGUGUUGCUUAUGCUUUGUGUGAAGCAAGAGUUGCGAUGAGAAGCAUUGUUGGUGUAUCUGUAGAGCCAAGACAGUCAUCUCUUGCAAGCGAUCUGGUAUGCGACUGGCGAAUACUGGUUUCGGAAAUAGAAUUUCGAGGUUAUUGGUCUCGGAAAUAGAUUUUUGAUGUCAUUUCUUUAUAUUCAUGAUCAAGAGAGGGCAGAUAAAUUUGUAAAUCUAGUUAUAUUGGUCAAGGCCUUUUUGUCUUGUGCUUUGGGGAUUUUAUGUUUAGUAUCAUGUAAUCUUAGAGAUGCUUUUGUGAAUAUACAUGGGUCAUUAGAGAUCAUUCAAUAUAUACUUUUCCAUUAA